AUGAUGAACAACGGGAGUUACUUCGACCCGCAGCAGCAGCUGUUUUAUCAAAGCACAGACAUCGAGGAGGAGGAGGAGGAGAUGCCGGCCACAGAGAAGGACCUGGCGGAGGACGCACCGUGGAAAAAGAUCCAACAGAACACCUUCACCAGGUGGUGCAACGAACACCUCAAGUGCCUGAACAAGCGCAUCAAUGACCUGCAGAAAGACCUGAGCGACGGCCUCAAGCUCAUCGGGCUGCUGGAGGUGCUGAGUCAGAAAAAGAUGUAUCGAAAGUACCACUCCAGACCUAACUUCAGGCAGAUGAAGCUGGAGAACGUGUCUGUGGCCCUGGAGUUUUUAGAAAGGGAACAUAUAAAGCUGGUGUCCAUAGAUUCUAAAGCCAUUGUGGAUGGAAACUUGAAGCUAAUCCUUGGUCUUAUCUGGACGCUGAUCCUCCAUUACUCUAUUUCAAUGCCUAUGUGGGAUGAUGAAGAUGAUGAAGAUGCCAAGAAGCUCACCCCAAAACAGCGCCUGCUGGGCUGGAUCCAGAACAAAGUGCCUCAACUCCCAAUUACAAACUUCCACAGAGACUGGAGAGAUGGCAAGGCUCUCGGAGCCCUGGUAGACAACUGUGCCCCAGGACUAUGUCCAGACUGGGAGACCUGGGAUCCCAGCCAACCUGUGGAGAAUGCCAGAGAAGCCAUGCAGCAGGCUGAUGACUGGCUUGGAGUGCCACAGGUCAUUGCCCCUGAAGAAAUUGUUGAUCCGAAUGUGGAUGAACAUUCGGUCAUGACCUACCUGUCGCAGUUUCCCAAAUCAAAAUUGAAGCCCGGCGCUCCUCUAAAGGCAAAGACCUUGCACCCAAAAAGGGCCAAAGCAUACGGGCCAGGUAUUGAGCCAUUAGGGAAUAUGGUUUUGAAACCUGCUGAGUUCCUGGUUGAGACUGUGGAGGCUGGACUAGGAGAGGUUCUGGUUUAUGUCGAAGACCCAGAACGACACACUGAAGAGGCCAGAGUCAUUCCAAACAAUGACAAGAACAGGUCGUAUUCUGUGGUAUAUCUUCCCAAAGUAGAAGGCUUGCACAAGGUAAAAGUGUUGUUUGCUGGACAAGACAUUGAUAGAAGUCCUUUUAUGGUUACCGUGUCAAAAGCUAUGGGUGAUGCGACCAGAGUGCAGGCUCGAGGGCCGGGACUUCAGCCAAUGGGAAAUGUAGCCAACAAGCCCACAUAUUUUGACAUUUACACAGCAGGGGCUGGAGCUGGAGAUGUUGGCGUCAUUAUCGUGGACUCUAACGGACGGAGGGACACAGUGGAGAUAGUUCUGGAGAACAAGGGGGACAGUAUUUUCCGUUGCACCUAUGUUCCUGUCUUGGAGGGAGCUCACACAGUUUAUGUGACUUUUGCUGGACAACAGAUUCCAAAAAGUCCAUUCACUGUUAACAUCUCUGAAGUUUCACAGAGAAGCCCUUCAGCUGGGUCCCCUGUGCUGGCUGAGUCUGUGCACACUCCCUCUGCAGACAAGACCAGAAGAGCUCCCCCUCCGACCCCUCCCAAACCCAGGCGACCAACUUGUAAUCCGAAUGCUUGUCGGGCGUCUGGCAGAGGUCUACAGCCGAAGGGUGUGAGGAUCAAGGAAGUAGCGGAUUUCAAAGUUUACACAAAAGGAGCUGGCAGUGGCGAGCUCAAAGUUUCUGUGAAAGGACCAAAGGGGCUGGAUGAACCGGUCAAAGUGUUGGAGUUGGAAAAUGGGCUGUAUGAGUGUAAUUAUUAUCCCGUCCACACUGGAAAAUACGUACUUACAAUAACCUGGGGAGGACUCGGCAUACCACGCAGUCCAUUUGAGGUGCACAUUAGUGAGGAGGCUGGCUCCCAGAAAGUACGUGCAUGGGGUCCUGGUUUGGAAACAGGCGUGGUGGGAAAAAGUGCCGACUUUGUGGUAGAAGCCAUUGGCAUGGAGGUUGGGACACUUGGUUUCUCCAUUGAGGGGCCAUCUCAAGCCAAGAUAGAGUGUGAUGAUAAAGGCGACGGCUCGUGUGACGUGCGUUACUGGCCCACUGAGGCUGGGGACUACGCUGUCCAUGUCAUAUGUGACGAUGAGGACAUUAAAGAUAGUCCAUUCAUGGCACAUAUUCUUCCAGCUAUCAAAGAUAUAUAUCCGGAAAAGAUAAAUUGUUACGGCCCUGGUCUGGAACCAAUAGGCUGCAUUGUCAAUAAACCUGCAGAUUUUACUAUAGACACUCAUGGAGCCGGUGGAGGAGAGUUGAAGCUGUAUGCUCAGGAUGCAGAAGGUUUUCCAAUUGACAUCCAGAUUACUGAUAAUGGUGAUGGCACCUAUGUUUGUGUCUACAUUCCUACAAAGCCAAUCAAACACACAAUAAUCAUUACCUGGAGUGAAGUCAACGUCCCCAAAAGUCCUUUCAGGGUGACGAUCGGGGAAGGCAGUCAUCCUGAUAAUGUGAAGGUCUAUGGUCCAGGGGUGGAGCAGCUCGGACUAAAGGCAAACGAACCGACUUACUUCACCGUGGACUGCAGUCAGGCCGGACAGGGCGACGUCAGCAUUGGGAUCAAGUGUGCUCCUGGUGUGGUCGGCCCCGCAGAGGCCGAUAUUGACUUCGACAUAAUCAAAAAUGACAAUGACACGUUUACAGUAAAGUACAUACCACCUGGCCCUGGACACUACACCAUUAUGGUUCUGUUUGCUGACCAGGAAAUCCCAGUCAGUCCUUUCAGAAUAAGAGUAGAGCCUUCUCACGAUGCGGCAAAGGUCAGAGCUGAAGGACCAGGACUGAGCAAGAUAGGAGUUGAAGUUGGAAAACCUACUCACUUCAACAUUUACACAAAGGGAGCUGGGAAGGCUGUACCUGAAGUGUACUUCUCUGGAGGAGUUAAGAGUGAAGCUGUGCGCGACUUUGAGAUCAUUGACAACCACGAUUACUCUUACACCGUCCGCUACACUGCUAUUCAACAGGGAAACAUGUCGAUCACAGUAUGUCAUGGUGGAGACGCUAUCCCUAAGAGCCCGUUCAACAUCAACGUGGCGCCUCCUCUCGAUCUCAACAAGGUCAAAGCCCAGGGUUUGAAUACGAAAGUGGAUGUGGGAAAGGAUCAGGAGUUUACUGUUUGUACAAGAGGAGCUGGAGGUCAAGGGAAACUGGAUGUGAAAAUAACCUCUCCAUCGCGACGGCCUAUCCCAUGCAAACUUGAGUCAAGCACCAGCAAUGAAAUAUACACAGUAAAGUACAUCCCGCCAGAAGAGGGAACCUAUAGAGUGGAUAUCUCUUAUGAUGGAAACCCUAUUACAGGUAGUCCCUUUGCAGUGGAAGGUGUCAUGCCUCCUGACCCAUCAAAGGUGCGUGCUUACGGCCCUGGACUUGAGGGGGGUGUUGUUGGUAAACCUGCACCAUUUGCCAUUGACACAAAAGGAGCUGGAACUGGCGGCCUUGGUCUGACAGUAGAGGGGCCUUGUGAAGCUAAAAUUGAAUGUCAAGACAAUGGAGAUGGGUCCUGCUCUGUGUCCUACCUGCCCACUGAGCCAGGAGAAUAUUCCAUCAACAUUUUGUUUGCAGACCAGCACAUCCCUGGGUCCCCUUUCAAAGCGUCAGUGCUGCCAGUGUUUGACCCAAGCAAAGUGACAGCUAGUGGUCCAGGUCUGGAGCGGGGAAAAGUUAAUGAGGACGGCUCCUUCACUGUGGACUGCUCAAAAGCUGGAGAGGCAGAGCUCACAAUUGAGAUAAUCUCAGACUCAGGAGUGAAAGCUGAGGUCCAUGUACAAAACAACAGCGAUGGCACCUACUCAAUCACUUACAUCCCACAGUUUCAAGGAAUGUACACCAUUACCAUUAAAUAUGGAGGACAGUCUGUGCCAAACUUCCCCACUCAAGUGCAAGUGGACCCAGCCAUUGACACCAGUGGAGUCCUUGUGUAUGGGCCAGGAGUCGAACCAAGAGGUCUCUUGAAGGAAGUGACCACACAUUUUGUUGUAGAUGCCAGAGUUGUUGCAAAAACUGGAGGAAAUCACAUUAAAGUGGGCAUCUCAAAUCCUUCAGGCAUCACCACAGAUGCCUUCAUAACAGACAAAGGCGAUGGCACCUACAGAGUGGAGUACACGCCCUAUGAGGAUGGUUUGCAUCUUGUUGAAGUAUUGUAUGAAGAUGUGGUGGUCCCUAAUAGUCCAUUUAGGGUUGUGGUCACUGAAGGAUGUGACCCCAGUCGAGUGCGUGCUUAUGGUACUGGUCUGGAGGAGGGACUUGUGAACAAACCAAACCGCUUCACGGUGGAGACAAGGGGGGCUGGCACUGGGGGUUUGGGCUUAGCCAUUGAGGGUCCGUCUGAAGCUAAGAUGUCAUGUAAGGACAACAAGGAUGGCAGCUGCAGUGUGGAGUACAUUCCUUUCACUCCAGGAGAGUAUGACGUCAACAUUACCUUUGGUGGACUUCCCAUCCCAGGAAGUCCAUUCAAGGUACCUGUGAGAGAAGUGGUGGAUCCAAGUAAAGUCCGGUGCUCAGGUCCAGGACUUGGAAACGGGGUUCGAGCCCAGGUGCCCCAGACUUUCACUGUUGACACCAGUAAAGCUGGGAUGGCCCAGUUAGAGGUUCUCUUGUAUGGGCCAACAGGUCUGACAGAACCAGUGAGCAUUACUGACAAUGGAGAUGGCACUUACACAGUGAACUACACACCUGCCCUUGAUGCUCCCUACACAAUCUAUGUCAAGUAUGCUGACCAGGAAGUCCCACGCAGCCCCUUUAAAAUAAAGACACUGCCUGCUCAUGAUGCCAGUAAAGUUCGUGCUAGUGGUCCAGGCCUAAAUUCAUCAGGGGUCCCAGCCAGUUUACCUGUGGAGUUCACUAUUGAUGCUCGAGAUGCAGGCGAGGGACUGCUCACCGUUCAAAUACUGGAUCCAGAGGGGAAACCCAAGAAGGCAAAUAUACGAGACAACCGGGAUGGGACAUACACAGUAUCUUAUGUCCCUGACAUGACCGGUCGCUACACCAUCACUAUCAAGUAUGGAGGGGAUGAGAUUCCAUACUCACCGUACCGUAUCCAUGCUGUCCCCUCGGGCGAUGCCAGCAAGUGUCUAGUCACAGUGUCAAUUGGAGGACACGGACCAGGUUCUGGAGUCAGCCCCACAAUUCAGAUUGGGGAGGAGACAGUCAUCACUGUAGAUGCAAAGGCUGCUGGGAAAGGCAAAGUGACCUGCAAAGUGUCCACACCUGAUGGUGCUGAACUGGAUGUGGAUGUGGUGGAAAACGCAGACGGGACCUUUGACAUUUACUACACAGCACCAGAGCCUGGGAAAUAUGUGAUCACAAUCCGAUUUGGAGGGGAACACAUCCCGAACAGCCCCUUCCAUGUGGUGGCCACUGAUGACCCCAUGAGUGUUGUGGAUGGGAUGGAGGCUGUGCUCCGCCCUUUCAGCCUGGUAAUUCCUUUUACUGUGCAAAAAGGAGAGAUCACAGGCAUUGUGCGAAUGCCCUCUGGUCAAACUGCCUGCCCCUACAUCACUGACAACAAAGAUGGAACUGUAACUGUGAAAUACUCUCCCACUGAAAAAGGCCUGCAUGAGAUGGACAUCAGAUAUGAUGGAAACCACAUCCCAGGAAGUCCACUCCAAUUUUAUGUGGAUGCUAUAAACAGUGGUCAUGUCACAGCUUUUGGUCCAGGCCUCAGCCAUGGUAUGAUAAACAGACCAGCUGCUUUCACCAUUAUUACCAAGGAUGCAGGGGAAGGUGGCCUGUCAUUGGCUGUGGAAGGACCCUCUAAAGCUGAAAUAAGCUGUAAAGACAACAAAGAUGGAACAUGCACUGUUUCCUACCUGCCCACUGCCCCUGGAGACUACAACAUCCUUGUCAAGUUUGAUGACAAACACAUCCCAGGCAGUCCCUUUGCGGCUAAGAUCACAGGAGAUGACUCAAUGAGAAUGUCUCAACUGAACGUUGGCACAGCUACAGAUGUGUCCCUGAAGAUCACAGAGACAGACCUGAGCAGUCUGACCACCAGCAUCAGAGCUCCAUCUGGAAAUGAGGAGCCAUGUCUUCUCAAAAGGCUUCCAAACCGCCAUAUUGGAAUAUCCUUUACACCUAAAGAAGUGGGUGAACAUGUGGUGAGUGUAAAGAAGGCUGGAAAGCACGUAACCAACAGCCCAUUUAAAAUCAUGGUGGGACCAUCAGAGAUUGGAGACGCAACCAAGGUCAAAGUGUUCGGCCAGGGCUUAGUGGAGGGACAUACUCUGGAAACAGCCGAGUUCAUUGUUGAUACAAGAAAUGCAGGCUAUGGAGGCUUGGGGCUGUCUAUUGAAGGUCCCAGUAAAGUGGACAUUAAUUGUGAGGAUGUGGAGGACGGGACGUGUAAAGUCACCUAUUGUCCCACUGAGCCUGGAAACUACAUCAUUAACAUUAAGUUUGCUGACCAGCAUGUUCCAGGAAGUCCAUUUACAGUAAAAGUGUAUGGAGAAGGGAGGAUGAAGGAGAGCAUCACCAGAAGGCGACAGGCUCCGUCUAUCGCCUCGGUGGGCAGCACUUGUGACCUUAACCUCAAAAUCCCAGGAAACUGGUUUCAGAUGGUUUCAGCACAGGAGCGUUUGACGCGGACAUUCACACGCAGCAGCCACACUUACACCCGCACAGAGAGGACAGAGAUCAGUAAAACCCGCGGAGGUGAGACCAAGAGGGAGGUGCGAGUGGAGGAGAGCACCCAGCUGGGAAGUGAUCCCUUCAGAGACGUGUUUGGAGACUUCCUUGGUCGUGAUGCUCUGAGUGGAUUCAGCGGGAUGCCAGCUGGUGGCAGGCCACCACUGCAGGAUGGUGAGGUGGCAAACCAAGAGAUGACCGCUCAGGUGACCAGCCCCAGCGGCAAAACUGAGGACGCCGAAAUCAUCCGAGGAGAGGACAGCACGUACAGCGUCCGCUUUAUCCCUGAGGAAAUGGGCCCUCACACUGUCAAUGUCAAAUACAGGGGCCAGCACGUCCCUGGCAGCCCCUUCCAAUUCACUGUGGGGCCCCUGGGUGAGGGAGGGGCCCAUAAAGUCCGAGCUGGGGGUACUGGUCUGGACAGAGGAGUGGCAGGGAUCCCAGCUGAGUUCAGUAUUUGGACUCGAGAGGCAGGAGCUGGAGGUCUGUCCAUAGCUGUAGAGGGACCCAGUAAGGCCGAGAUCACCUUUGAAGAUAGAAAGGACGGAUCAUGUGGUGUUUCCUAUGUAGUUCAGGAGCCUGGUGAUUAUGAAGUAUCUAUUAAAUUUAAUGAUGAGCACAUCCCAGAUUCUCCUUUUAUUGUUCCGGUCGCCACACUGUCAGAUGAUGUCCGUCGCCUCACAGUCACAAGCCUGCAGGAGAUGGGGUUGGUGGUGGGACAGGAGGCCUCCUUUGCAGUGCAACUCAAUGGGGUCAGAGGUCUGGUUGAUGCCAAGAUCCACACACCCUCCGGAGCUGUUGAAGAGUGUUACAUCACAGAGUUAGAUAAAGAUCAGUAUGCUAUUAGGUUUAUCCCAAGAGAAAAUGGAGUUCAUUCCAUUGAUGUGCGCUUCAAUGGUAGCCAUAUACCGGGAAGCCCCUUUAAAAUCCGAGUGGGGGAAGUAGGACAGGUUGGUGAUCCUGGGAUGGUGUCUGCUUUUGGACCUGGACUGGAGGGUGGAAUCACGGGUGUGGCAGCAGAGUUUGUUGUUAAUACGUGUAAUGCAGGCGCAGGAGCUUUGUCGGUGACUAUUGAUGGUCCGUCCAAAGUGAAGAUGGACUGCCAGGAGUGUUCUGAGGGCUACAAGGUCUUCUACACGCCCAUGGCUCCAGGGAGCUAUCUGAUCUCUAUUAAAUAUGGAGGCCCUCAGCACAUUGUGGGUAGCCCCUUCAAGGCUAAAGUUACAGGUCCACGUCUUUCUGGUGGCCAUAGUCUUCAUGAAACCUCCUCAGUGUUGGUUGAAACUGUUUCCAAGUCCUCUGCAGUAGUUGGGGCUUUCAGCUCUUUGCCCAAAUUCUCCUCAGAUGCUAGUAAGGUCAUCUCGCGGGGGGCAGGACUUUCAAAAGCUUUUGUUGGUCAGAAGAAUGCAUUUACAGUGGACUGCAGCAAUGCAGGCACCAACAUGUUGAUGGUAGGUGUGCAUGGGCCAAAGACUCCCUGUGAGGAGGUUUAUGUGAAACAUAUGGGCAACAGAAUGUACAAUGUCACCUACACAGUCAAAGAGCAGGGCAGCUAUAUCCUCAUAGUGAAGUGGGGUGACGAGAACAUCCCUGGCAGCCCCUUCCAUGUCACUGUCCCAUAA